AUGGCUCUGGCUGGAUGGAUAUGUCUGGCUGGACAUCUCUGCUGGAUGACGCUACAGUGCCGCAGUGUCUCUGGAAAGGUCCUGGAGGAGACCUACACAAAAUGGCUGAAGUACAAAGACGACUGCUUGAGGCAGAUCCAGCAGGACCCCCAGCCAGCUGUAGGUCUGUACUGCAACAGGUCUUUUGACUUGUAUGCCUGCUGGCCUGAUGCUCUGCCUGGAACAACAGUGAACAUCUCCUGCCCCUCCUACCUGCCCUGGGUACAGACAGUUCAGCAUGGAGUGGCGCGUAGGCGAUGUGGUGUGGAUGGGCAGUGGGUGCAAUACUCCGAAGGGGAGCUGUGGAGAGACAUCAGCGAGUGUGAAGAAGACCAGGAGACUCACACUGAGGAGCUUUGGAUGAAGCAGGUGAUGCUGAGUUUCCGGGUCCUGUACACAGUUGGCUACAUCCUAAGCCUGCUCUCUCUCCUCGCUGCCCUCAUCAUACUACUUAGCAUCAGGAAACUCCAUUGCAUGCGUAACCACAUCCACGCCAACCUGUUUCUGUCCUUAAUCCUGCGGGCGGUGGCUGUGCUGCUGAAGGACAGCCUGCUGGACCAGCACUGGAGCAAGCCCAUCAACACCCACGCCGACGUGCAGCACAUACUCAGCCACAGGGCUGCCAUUGGCUGUCGUACUGCCCAGGCGCUGAUGCAAUACUUCGUAUUGGCCAAUCACUACUGGUUCUUUGGGGAGGCCAUCUACCUGCACUCCAUCCUCAUCACCUCCGUCUUCUUGGACAACAGCAAGUGCCUGCCGUACUUUCUCCUUGGGUGGGGCACUCCGCUGAUGUUUGUCAUUCCGUGGGUGGUGAUGAAACUACUAAGGGAGAAUAAAGAGUGUUGGGCCAUUAAUGAAAACAUGUACUACUGGUGGAUUAUCCGAGUUCCCAUACUGUUUGUCUCUCUGGUGAACUUUUUGAUAUUCAUGAAGAUCCUCAAAGUGAUCCUGUCUAAGUUACGAGCUGACAACAAACAGCGAUACCCUGACUACAAACUAAGACUGGCCAAGGCCACUCUGACGCUCAUCCCGUUGUUUGGGGUGCACGAGAUGGUCUUCAUCUUCGCCACAGAUGAGCAGACGAGUGGUAUCGUGCGACUCAUCAAAGUCUUUGUGGCUGUUUUCCUCAAUUCCUUUCAGGGGUUCCUGGUCGCAGUACUCUACUGCUAUUCAAACAAAGAGGUAAAGGCAGAGCUUCAGAAGUGUUUGAGAGGAUGGUGGCGAUGGAUGCAGACGUGUUGGGAGGACCAAUAAAACACAGAUGUGGAG